GACGGGGAGAGAGCCAGAGAAGAGGAUCAGUGAUAGGAUAAUGGUACAGUGAGAGGGACAGAGAGAGGGGGAGAGAGACGGAGGCAUUUCACUCUCUGCUCUCUGCAACAGAGCAGAUAUUUUUUUAAAUUUCCUUUUUUUUUGUGGCUGGCUCAAUUUUUGUUUGUUGGGGCCAUGAGGACGUUCGCACCCCUGGAUCGUUGCUACUCCAGCAGCUGCUGUUGCUGCCAUGUCCGCACUGGCACCAUCAUCUUGGGGGUCUGGUACAUGUUAAUCAACGGCGUGGUGCUGCUGAUUCUACUGUCUGCUCUCGGGGACCCUGACCAUUACAAGUUGGCCCACGCUGAGUUUGGCACUGACUGUGACUUCACCGACGAUACCAGUAUCUGCAUAGCGACUGCAAUUUCCCUGCUUAUGAUUACAAUCUGUGGCAUGGCUACAUAUGGUGCAUACAAGCAACGGAGUGCGUGGAUAGUUCCCUUCUUCUGCUACCAGAUCUUUGACUUCACCCUCAAUGCUCUCGUGGCAAUCAGUGUGGUCGUCUACCCAAGCUCCAUCCAGGACUACCUACGACAACUGCCGGACAACAUCCCCUACAAAGAGGACAUCACCUCAAUGAACCCAACAUGCCUGCUGUUCAUCGUCAUGUUCUUCAUCAGCGCUAUUCUGGCCUUUAAGGCGUAUCUCAUUGGUUGUGUCUGGAACUGCUACAGGUACAUCAAUGCCAGGCAUACGGCUGACGUUUUGGUCUAUGUGGCUAAUGACACCACGGUUCUUCUUCCGAACUACGACGAGACUGUUUUAAUCCCUGAGAAAGAUCCACCCCCUCCAUACGUCUCCGCUUAAAGUCACAGGGAAACUGACCUAAGCAGGACUGUAUGCAUCCCUUGUACGCUUAGUGUCAGACUAAACACUGUAAGAGGGAUCUUCAUUCCAUUGUGCAUCAUGUCUGCUUGUUCUGGGAAUGAAGAACCCCAUCAUUAAGAUUUCUUCUUGUUGUUUUUUUUCUGGUUGUUUAUAUCACUCCCAGUAAUGUCUAAAAGGACAACGCAUCCUAUAAACAUGGAUUUAUUGUAUUAAUGCCCAGUUAAUGCCCAGGGAUUUUGGGGAAUAAUUUGAAAGAGUCAACGUUCAAAUUAAUGUAAGUAUUUGACAAUGAAACCAGAUUGUAUAUUGAGGAGUGUGGGGAUUCUUAGCACCUUGAUUCCUUGUGGAUAUUUUGAACUUUAUUCCUGUUGGUAACAGUGUGCGUGUGUGUGAGUGCAUAUGUGCACGUGUGUGUUGGUGCGUGGGUGUGUGUGUUUGCAUGUGUGCGCUGGUGCAUGUGUGUUCGCGUGUGCUGGUGCAUGUGUGUCCGUGCGAGUUGCAUGUGUGCACGUG